CUCAUUUUAGUAUUCUUUUUACCAUUGAUUAAGUUAGUCAUUUUGUUAUUUUACUAAUUCUGUUUUGAAAAAUGUCUUUAGAAUGCAGUAUAUGUUUGGAAGAUUUCAAAACCUCGGUGGAUCUGCAUAGCACUGAUUGCGGCCAUAUUUUCCACAAGGAAUGUUUAGAUCGCUGCAAAAGCAACACGUCUUCUUUUGCCUGUCCUCAAUGUCGCAAACUCAAUCCAAAAUCCCACAAGAUAUAUUUAAAUUUGGAAAAGCAAAAAACUGAGGAGGAUGUAGAACAACUAAAAGCUCAACUUAUGCUGGCGGAAUUAAAGUUGCAGGAAAUGAAUAAAACUCUUCAAACUGAGGAAAAAAGUUCUAACUUGAGUUCUCAAAUGAUAAGUGAAGUAUUGAGUUCGCCCUUUGAAUUGAAAGGUAUAAUAAUGAAGGGAGUUUCUAAAUCGGAUAUUAAAACUCCUCUCAUCGAAACAAUUUUAAUGUUUGCUAAUAUUAUGAAAGUACCAUGUGAGCACUCCGAUAUUGAAACAGUGUUUAUUUUUGAUCGAAAGUUUUUUCUAAGGACUCGAAAUUAUAACGACAAACUCAACAUAGUUGUAAAAUUUAAAACACAAGAAAUGAAGAAUUUGUUUCUUAGCAAUAAGAAAAUUCUGUCUCCUCGAGGAAUAAUAUUUAACGAAUUUGUGGACCAAGAUACAAAUGCAUUAUUUGAAUAUGCCAAAUCUCUGCUAUCCGCUAACUAUAAACACAUAUUUUGCAGACAUAACAGUAUUUUUGCGCAGAAAGAUGACGGUGAUAUUUCACACCAUAUCAGUAAUAAAAACGACGUUGAUAUGCUAAUGUCAUUGUAACUAAAUAUGUAUAUAUGUAUCUUUUUUGUAAUAAACGAUGAUAUGUUAAUAUCAUUGUUAUUAAAUAUGUAUCUAUCUUUUUUUAAUAAACGAUUUUUAUGCAAACUCUAA